GGAUUGGACCCCCAAGCCCUCCUUCCAUGCCCCAGGCCUGCUCUAGGGGACACCCACCUGGCCAGUGCCCAUGAGAAGAGCAGAGGAAGGAAGAGCUAAACCCCAGCUGCGCUCCUGAGCCAGGGCCAGGGCUCCCCGUGAACCGGCUGCACGCUCCAGCUCCGCAUGCCUAAUAGGCUAUUUAAGGAGCUGUUCGCCAGCAACCCAGGCAGCACCCCACCACCACCACGUACACUCGUCCAGAGCCACCUUAAAAGCGGGAGGCAAUUGUGAAGUCACCGGCCAGUAAGUGGAGUGAAGACUGUAGAGGUAGAUUAAAUAAGAGAGAGAGGAAGCGAGACAUUUGUCCCAGGGAUCCCAAACCCUAUGCUAUCCUGAAAACCAAAUCCCCUGGAAGCCCACAGAGACACAGAGACAGCUAGAGAAAAAGAGAUAAAUAAAAUCAGCUCAGCUCCAAGAAACUCCUCUCUCACUCUUUCCCGCUCUGUCCCUCCCUCCCUCUCUGUCGUCCCCCCCACCACCCCCCGUUUCUUGGCCAACCCUAGCCCUCUAUUCCCCAAACUCCCAGUACCUGCUUCUUCCGGGGAUACCAUGUUGUUCUUCAUUCUCCUGCUGGAGGUGAUUUGGAUCCUGGCUGCUGAAGGGGGUCAACACUGGACAUACGAGGGCCCACAUGGUCAAGACCACUGGCCAGCCUCUUACCCUGAAUGUGGAAGCAAUGCCCAAUCCCCCAUCAAUAUCCAGACAGACAGUGUGACUUUCGAUCCUGAGUUACGUCCCCUGCAGCCCCAUGGAUAUGACCAGCCUAGCACUGAGCCUUUGGACCUGCACAAUAAUGGCCACACAGUGCAACUCUCUCUGCCCUCUACCAUGUAUCUGGAGGGACUUCCCCGAAAAUAUGUAGCUGCCCAGCUCCACCUGCACUGGGGCAAGACAGGAUCACUGGGUGGAUCAGAGCACCAGAUCAACAGUGAAGCCACUGCUGCUGAGCUCCACAUUGUACAUUAUGAUUCUGAUUCCUAUGACAGCUUGAGUGAGGCUGCUCCAAAGCCCCAGGGGCUGGCUGUCUUGGGCAUCCUCAUUGAGGUGGGUGAGACCAAGAAUCCAGUUUAUGAACACAUUCUGAGUCACUUGCAUGAAAUUAGGCAUAAAGAUCAGAAGACUUUGGUGCCUCCCUUCAACGUGGGAGAGUUGCUCCCCCGACGGCGGGACCAGUUCUUUCGCUACAACGGCUCGCUCACCACACCCCCCUGCUAUCAGAGUGUGCUGUGGACAGUCUUCAAUCAAAGGGCUCAGAUCUCGGUGGAACAGCUCAAAGAGCUUCAGGAGACGUUGUUUUCCACGGAAGAGGAGCCCUCUAAGCUCCUGGUACAGAACUACCGAGCCCCCCAGCCUCUCAAUCAGCGAACAGUCUCUGCGUCUUUCAUCCAAGUGCAAUCCUCCUAUACUACAGGCGAAAUGCUGAGUCUAGGAGUGGGAAUCUUAGUUGGCUGUCUUUGCCUUCUACUGGCUGUUUAUUUCAUCGCUAGGAAGAUCCGGAAGAAGAGGCUGGGAAAUGGGAAAAGCGUGGUCUUCACCUCAGCACCAGCCACAGAGGCGUAGAUCCCCUCUCCCGACCCCCAACCCCCGCCCCAUUGCCAACAUCAUGGAUGCCUUCCCCUUGUGCCAAUCGGAGAGCUUCUAAAAUGAGGUGCAGGGGCUGGUCAGAAAAUACUCUAAGAGUAGUGGGCAGAGACACCUCCUUCCUCCAGACAGCCCCUACAGAGAGGCACGGACAGGCUCUGGUUCGUGGACUAAGCAGAGCCUUCGACCUCUCGAAGUGUACAGAUCAGGACAACCCUAUGUUGACAAUGCAGAUGGCAAAUUGUGUUUAGCUGUGGAGGAAGUUGGGGAUGUACCUCCCAAAGUCUUCCACCCCCUUACCUUUAUG